AUGGUGUCGCUGGCUAGUGUAAUCUUCCUUCUUGGAGCAGUCUUUGUCCAUGAAGUAUGCGGAGGUCCAACAACAAUGCAGCUUGGUCGUCGACCUUGGUACGAUCCUGACAGCAAUCUUACGGAUCCCACACUGAGGUUCAAACCUGGAUCUGAAUUCGGACACAAACAUCAUGGAUUAAGAAAACGUUCACUUUGGAGUAAAUUGUGGGGUCUUUUGAGUUCACUUGUUGGUAAACCUCUUACCGAUCAAGAACGUUCCGAAAGACGUAAGGAGUUGGAAAGAAGGCUGCACAACAUCAGCUAG